GUCGAAUUGGCCAAGUACACGCUACAUGGAAGAGGACAAGUUUUAUCCGUUUCAAAUGGGCAAGGACAAGCUUUAAUCCGAGUUAGGUGCAGCAGGCAGGAGUGUCUUAUACCUAAUUCAAAGUAUGCAGGCCUGUUUGAAAUCCGGUGAAACCUUGAUCGCGACCAAGAGGCUGGCAUGUUAACUUAAUAAUGUCAGCCUUCCAGGUAUAAAACCCGCACACGAAGGCUGAAACAUCAGUGUUCAUCUUUCUUGCUCACUCCCAUCGUCCGCACAUCUGCAUAUUCGCAUAUCCAGACGAUUUUACUUGCAUCUAUCUAUCGAUAUGUCUUCCGACAAGUGUAACGUUCGCCUCUCUUUGUGUUCCCCUUCUCUCUCUGCUGGGAUUCCUACGCUUGUCUUUACCCUUGAUGUCCUCAAGAUUGUGACCUUGGUCCUCUUCUAUCUUGUUGUUAUCAUGGCUGGGCUGGCCUUCGACGUCUGCCGCUGUCAGUUCGACCCUUCGACGGCCCAGAGUCCUGCUCUGUCCAUAGAUUCGCCCAGGCUCCAGGAAGCGGAGAAAGCAGUCUGCACCUCGAAGGCUGCUUCUUCGUCAGCCACAUGUGCUUCAUCUCCAUCAGGCCUUCCUCCGUCCUCGUCGUCCCCUGCCAUCCUGGAAUCAGAUUUGGACAACCCUCGUCUUGUACCUGAGCCUCGGCUGCACUGGAGCAUCAGUUGUUCCGACAUUAGCCCGCAGUUGCACAACGCUCCGAUAGGCCCUGGUCACUAUGUCCACGCACUGUUCUCCGAUGCGUGGAACGAGAACGCCGUUCUCCUGAAGCAGCUCUUACAUGUGCAGGAUGCUCUCAACACUGCCAACGCUGAUAUCGAUGGGCUCGUGCUGGAGAAUCUAACCAUGAGCAACCAAAUGGACCGUUUUAGGCGCGAUCUAGAGAUUGAAGAGGUUCGUCGCAACGAAGCUGAAUUGACGUCCCGGGAUGCUACAGCCAAGAUGAGCUCCCAAAGGUCUAUCCUCUCCUCAUUACAAUCUGCCAACAUUGCACUCCGCUUCGAGAUCGCAAACCUUAAGGCCGAGCGCGACGAACUCAUAGCCGAGAAGACGCCAUCCGACUUACAGCAAGAACAUCAUGAAGAAGUCCAAGCGUUGCAAGGAACGCUCGUCCGGACGAAGAGGGAACUCGAAAGUGCCAAGAAGGAGCUGAAGAAGUUGAAGAGAGCAGCUGCAGGAAUACCUGAAUUAAAGAUAAUAUCUCCUGAAGGGAACGUUAUACCCUAUACCUCGAGCAGUACCGAUUCCUUGAGCGAAGAUCGAAAUAUUUCGAUGAGGGAACGCCUUACGCUCGCGUACACGGAGGUUGUCGGCCUUAGGGACCAGUGCGCAGCUUUGCAUCAUCAUGCAGACGAAAACGCAGAGUUACAGGAGGAUGUCAAGCAGCUUCUCGCUCAGCGCUCGGGUCUCUGGGAUCAGGUUGAAGCGGCCAACAGCGCCUGCCGCAAGCUGGAGGAGGAGAACAAGAAAUACUUCCGUCAGUUUGUGGAGAUCAGAGCUGAGCUAACCAAGGUAGAGAAGAGAACUGGAAUCGCAAUUUCAGUCAUCGAAGAAGAGGAGGAAGAGCCCGAAGUGGCAGCUCAUACUGUAUCCAAAGUUCCACCGACUGAUCAGGGCUGUCGUUCGGCAUUUGAUGACGACUCUGACGACGAGUCUAUUGCUUCCUCGGUCUCGUGUUAUUCGAUGGCAUCCACGGAUGACUUUGACAUAUCCCUGCCCUCUGAGGUUGAUACACCUCAUACAUCAGUCCCUUCCUCCCCAUGUUCUUCACUUUCCGCACCCCCUUCUCCCUCUUUUACGAUGCCCUCUUGGGUUCCGUGUUUUGACUCAGCAUGCACGGAUUUUGCAUUCGACGUCGUUCCGGGCUCACCCCUCGCGGAUGCGAUUUCCGUGUAUGCCAGCAUCUACCAGCCUAUUGGUGUCAGCCAUCGUCCAUUCGUCACCCGUCGUGGUCUCGGUAUUCCCAUCGUCCGUCCUUCCUGGCAUUCCGCUAGCUCCGUCUUUGCCCCUUUCGACGAAGCGUCCCCCAAGCGGAAGUUGGCUCUGGAUCUGGAUGAUGCGACACCCAGGACUCGUCGGAAGCACGAAGAAUGUUAAUGCAUCAAGUUUACAGUGUGUCUCGUUUGCAAAGGUUUUUUUUUUCUCUUCCCGAAAUUUUCUUUUCUUCUUCCUAUUUUUCUUGUCCCAUCAUUCCUACGAUUUCCUUCUUUUUGCAUUUGGUCGCAAGGUUUGUGUUUUGGUUAACGGGCUGUUCCUUUGGCUUGCGGUGGUCCUGGUUCCGGUUGCAUCGUUCGGCUGGGAUGCUUUCCCUCGAGGAUCCUGAUGAGGUGAAGUACUUUCUUGGGUUUCAUUGCUGCUUAUAUCUGUCUUCCACGUCUGCCCUUUAAAGUGGCACGGGAAACUCUAUAGGUGGUUGUGUUUCUCUUGGACUUGCGGAUCUCUCGGACUGGACUCCUCUAGUGAUGGUAUUUAGGCAGAUCCUGUACUCGGCUUACUCGGUGCUGUAAUAUAUUGGGAUUGUCAUGAAUUAUAAUUCAGUCUUGCGGCGAACCUGCGAUAGU